UAGAAUUGGCUUUUCGGAAGUCAUCUGGAGGUGCGCCAUGAUUACUUUGUUCGUGGUGGCUUUUUCCUGUCUGGGCACACGCAUGGGGCAACGGUGGGAAGGACAAACGUCAAACUCUUUCAUUUGCCGUCGUCUUACCGCACCUUUGGGGAACCAUUUUUGUUUUUUGGAGGUCAUCGAUUCUGAAAAGGCUUGCAAUUGUGAAUGCCCUCUUUGAGUGUUUUGGGCGCCAAGUACCUUCUCCUUCCACGUUGGGAAGGAAGAACUAGGGGCGGAAAUCACGAUCACCAACCGUCCUCAACGACGUAUUGUCACAUCUUCACCACUACCAUCAUCACCUUCAAUGAUCAUCCGUCCACGCAACGGCGCAGUACGGAGCAGAAACAUACCAGGCCACCUGCACCAGAUGCAGAAAACCAUCUCGCCCAUCUCACUUUCCCUCUACCAUGCCGCACCGCCUUGUCCCUGCUGGGCUGGGUUGGGUUGAGCGAAUCUCCGUUGCUGCAGCUUUUUAUUACUUCCACCCACGCCCGCCGUGUGCAAUCAACCGUUUGGGGAUCAUGCUCAUCCAUAUCCGCAUCGGGUACCGACAUUGUAGUGGGAUUCUUUUCCAGGGCGGCCAGUAGAAGACAAGCGAUUCCGCGUCCUGGGAUGGGUAAUGAUGCCACGCUCUCGACGCCCCCCCGUCACCAGUGACCACCCCUUUCACAAUACAUAACGAUACAAACAAACAAUAUCAGACAUAGAUAAUACCCGCUUUCACGGAACUGGGUCUUCGAACUAACCCCCCGUCCCAGCUGACAGCCUGACAGACAAUCUUUCGCUAACGCUCAAUCAAGUAAACUUGGUAUCGAUACUAUCUGCACCCACGCAACCUAUUAAUCGUUGCGCAUGUUUU